AACUCAGACAACCGAAGAAACAACUCUUAGCAAGAUAAGGCAAAAACCUGUUUCAAAUACAUACCUGAACAUGAACCACUCAAUGACGUUUGAAGAACAAACAGAACAAAUUGUGGAAGCAUUGUUCACUACUCUUUGCUUAAAGAAGCAAGAGUUACAAGUAACUGAACGUUGCCUGAAGCUCGUCUCUGAAAAUGAAAUCCAUCUAGAAGGUCGUUGUUCUCAAGGUCCCUUAAGAGCGGAGUUCCAGGGAAGCAGGUGGAGAGUAGUUGAUUCUGCAAGCAGUUUUGAUCCAGUUGAUAUUGCCAAUUUACUGCGAUCCAUAGGAGAUCAGUACAAAGCAGAGAUGGAGGGCCAUGUACAGGCAAUUAUUGCAGAGGAGAGCACAACAAAGAUAAAGAAAUUUGGAGAAGUAGCAAAAUCUCUCAGCACGAGUUGGAUCAUUCAGACUCCUGGGUUAGAGCCUGUAAGAGCUUUUCUAGCUGUUGCUGUGAAGUUGUUUGAGCAACUUGUAGAGAAAACCCACGGAGAUCGCCACCAGAUAAACAUACUCACAGAAACGAUCAACAGAAAUCCUGAAGUCAGAGGCUAUGUUGAAAGGCCAGGUGGUUGGGAUAAUCUUGGUUUCUUGCUUCCAAGAUAAAAAACCCAUCUGCUGUUAUGGAGAAAAUAGAGCAGGAGAGUUGCUUCAAAUGUGGAAAUGGAACUGCAAAUGAAUUGAAAAGGCUACAUACAAUUCUGCAAAGAAA